AUGACCGGAGGCCGAUGUCACGAGGAGAAGAAGAUGAUGGGUAGGGGUGCGGACGGAGGUUGCGGCACGGAGGAGAGGCCAUGCCCAAUUUCUAGGGUUCCGCCUAAAAUUCCGGCGACCCAACCGGAAAUUCCCGAGAAUUCUAGCUCUUUGAGAAUUGAUUUUUACUCGCAGGCCAAGAAGGCUUUGUGUGAGCGCUCUCCGUAUGAUGUUACCGAGGAUGGUUCAGCUUCGAGUGUGCCCACCACCUUGCCUAGGAGCUUGGCUAGCUUCUUGUCGAGGCAGUCUGAUAAUCGGAAACGGCACAAGAAGUCGCAUGCCAGUGCUGAAAAGAAGAGUUCUCGGCAGAGCGAGAGGUCGCGGGGUUCAAACGUAUGGGCGGAGACUGAGGACUACUUUAGACCCUUGACAUUGCCUGAUAUUGACACCUUGUGUCAUGUGUCUGAGCUUAGUAAUUUAGCUGCUCGCAAGUGCUUUUUGAUUCCGGUUUUGGGAAAUGGUCCGAGGGUGAAUACUAAUGAAAACGUCAAAGCAAAUGGGGUUUUUGUAAGUGAGGAGAAUGCAAAUGCUGGUAAUUCAAAUAGUGUUGCUGUCAAGGAUGAGAGUAUAAAUGGUGGGAAUGCUAAUGAUGCUGUUGUCAAGGAGGACAAUGCAAAUGUUGGGAAUGCUAAUGAGGUUGUCGUCAAGGCUGAAAGUGCAACUGAUGGGAAUGCCAUUUCUGUUGCAGUUAGAAACGUGAAUGAGAAUAGUGGAAAUGAAAAUGGAGUUGUUGAAGAUGAGGUAAAGAAGGUGAAGGAUGAGCAUUCCAUGGAAAUUGAUAGUGUGGGAGCUUCUGGGUUGCCUGAGGGGGAAAAGGGUUGUUCUGUUUCAGAUUCUCCUUAUGGUCUUGAGUGGCUUUUAGGAUAUAGGAAUAAGAUUGCGUUAACAUCAGAGCGCCCUUCAAAGAAACGGAAGGUUCUGGGUGUUGAUGCAGGGUUGGAGAAAGUCUUAAUUGGUUCCCCUUGUGAUGGGAAUUCAUCUUUAUGCCAUUUCUGCUGCAUGGGCGAUGCAGGUAAAGAAUCAAACAGAUUGAUUGUUUGUCGUUCUUGUAAGGUUGGAGUUCAUCGGAAGUGCUAUGGAGUGGUAGAGGAUGUAGAUGCAUCAUGGGUAUGCUCAUGGUGUAAGCAGAAGACUGAUACUAGUAAUUCAGUAAAGCCUUGUGCGCUUUGUCCAAAGCAGGGUGGGGCUUUAAAGCCAGUUCUUAAGAGUAUUGAAAAUGGUGGAUCUGUGGAGUUUGCUCACUUGUUUUGUUGUCAGUGGAUGCCUGAGGUUUAUAUAGAGGACUUAGUGAAGAUGGAGCCCAUACUAAAUGUUGAAGGAGUGAAUGAAACCCGCAGAAAGUUAAUAUGUAAUGUAUGCAAGGUGAAGUGGGGCGCAUGUGUUCGAUGCAGUCAUGGAACCUGCAGAACGUCAUUCCAUCCAUUAUGUGCGAGAGAGGCAAAACAAAGAAUGGAAAUUUGGGGAAAAUAUGGGUGUGAUAAUGUUGAAUUGAGGGCCUUCUGUCCAAAGCACUCAGAAGUACCUGAUAUCAGAAACAUUCAAUUAGUAGAUCCCCCUGUCUCUACUGACGGGAAUUCAAAUGUCUCCAACCAUUUACCCGUGGCAUUGUCGGAGAGCAAAUUAAACAAGUUAAGGGUUGGCCGUAGAAAUGGUGAUAAAAUUGCAGUCGCUAUUGAGGCUCCAGAUAUUAUUUCUGAGAAAUCGGGUGAUUGUGAAUCACAGGAGAUAGCGUUUCCUAGUUCAAGAUUAAAUGCUAGACUUCAGUCGGAUUGUAGUGAUGCACAGCCAAUUAUUGGUGCAGGGUCAUUUGAGAGGAGCAGCGAGGAUGUUAAUGCAUCCGGCUCCCAUAAUUUUUCUCUGAUUUUAAAGAAGCUGAUUGAUUGUGGAAAAGUUAAUGUGAAGGAUGUGGCAUCAGACAUUGGCCUUUCAUCUGAUUCUUUAGCUGCAUCACUUGCUGAUGAUAGCAUGUUCCCUGAUGUGCAAUGCAGAAUAGUUAAAUGGCUUAAAGACCAUUCUAACUUGGACUUAAGGCAGAAAAAUGGGAAAAUGAAAUUAAGAUCUGCAAUUCCAUCCAAGGCUGAAUUUGGGGGUUCUGAUGGUUCUGAUGCUGCAUCUUUAUCAGAGUCUGAUAUGACAGAUGUAGCUGUUAAGUCAGUACCCCCACGGAGAAGAACCAAAAGUAGUUUUAGGAUUUUGAAGGACAACAAAGUAAUAAGCUCAUCUGAGGGGAUCUUUUGUGACAAUGGCACGUUGAACAAGAUUAAGGUAGAUCAAAUGAUCACUGAUGAACAAGAAAAUUCCAGUAAAGUCUCCAUCCCUGAUCCUGUUGAGAAGAAUUUGACAGAGGUUGAUGGGUUUCAGCAUUCUUUGCCGACACUUACACCUAAAUCAGAAGGUAAUUCAGCUAAACCCUUAAAUUGCAGCGUUCUGCAAAAGGGUCAAGAACAGCUGGCUACUAUUCCUUUGCAGAGUACCUCAGUGAUCGUAAAUGAAGAUCAGUCGUUUUCAGUUGCAAAACCAGUGAAAAAAUCUGAGCCAGAAGUUCUUAGUUGUUAUGUCCAUCCGUAUAUUGAAAAGAAAUUGUUUGAGAUGCAGAACGGAGAAAAUCCAAUAUAUGGUUCAAGCGAGGGAGAAAUUUCUCGUCUGGAGGCAUCUUCCCAUGCCAGUGUUUGCUGUAAUCACCAAUAUAAGCAUCCGAAAUGCUGUGAUAAUAUUUGUAAAUCUGAUGAGGUUAAUUUAGAAGAGUUGGUUAAGGCUCGAAAAAUGGGAGCUCGAGAACCAUCUCCAGAAGAUGAAGUGGAAGGAGAACUCAUUUAUUACCAGAAUAGGUUGCUCAGCAAUGUAGUUGCGAGAAAGCAUUUUACUGAUAUUUUAAUAUAUAAUGUUGUUAAGACACUUCCAUGGGAACUUGAUGCUGUACGGAGGCAAAAAUGGGAUGCUGUGCUUGUUAAUCAGUAUCUUUGUGAGCUUAGAGAGGCCAAGAAGCAGGGUAGGAAGGAGAGACGGCACAAAGAAGCACAGGCUGUGCUUGCAGCUGCAACUGCUGCUGCUGCAGCCUCUUCUAGGAUUUCAUCGUUUAGGAAAGAUGUCCUUGAUGAAUCUUCCCAUCAGGAGCUGAUGCAUCGGGCGAAAGAGACAUUUCCGAGGGUGGCUGUCCCUAGGAUUUCUGUGGAAAAACAUACUGGUUUUGUUCAUUCUGUUGCGGAUUUUUCUAAGGAACAUCCUAGAUCUUGUGACAUCUGCAGACGUCCGUGGUACUGUGAAUUAUGUGAAGAACUAUCAUCAUCUAGAAGCUCUGGAGCUCCUGUCAAUUUUUGGGAGAAAGAUCAUUUUGCUGCAGAAUGUGGUUUAUGUGGUGGCAAAACUGGGGCUUUUAGAAAAUCUUCUGAUGGUCAGUGGGUGCAUGCCUUCUGUGCUGAGUGGAUCUUUGAAUCAACAUUCAAAAGGGGACAAGUAUCUCCCGUUGAGGGAAUGGAGACGAUUUCUAAGGGGAUUGAUAUUUGUUAUAUCUGCCGACGCAAAUGUGGUGUUUGCAUAAAGUGCAACUAUGGUAACUGUCAGGCAACAUUUCACCCUUCAUGUGCUAGAAGUUCUGGUUUUUACAUGCAUGUGAAAACUUUGGGCGGAAAGAUUCAACACAAGGGGUACUGUGAAAAGCACAGCGUUGAGCAGAGGGCGAAGGCUGAAACACAAAAACAUGGAACUGAGGACUUGGAGAAUCUCAGGAAAAUUAGGGUUGAACUAGAGAGGGUACGCCUUCUUUGCGAAAGAAUCAUCAAACGAGAAAAAGUAAAGCGGGAACUGCUCAUUUGUUCACAUGAUCUUCUUGCUGUGAGGAGAGAUCAUGUUGCUCGAUCCGUGCUGGUUCAUAGUCCUUUCUUGCUACCUGAUGUUAGUUCUGAAUCAGCUACAACAUCUCUUAAAGGACAUACAGAUGGUUACAAAUCAUGCAGUGAGGCAUUUCAAAAAUCAGAUGAUGUGACUGUGGAUAGUACAAUUUCAGAAAAGCGACGGACCAGAGUUCUGAUAACUAUCGACAAUGAUCAAAGGACAGAUGAUGACAGCUCAACAUCCCAAGAUCAUUUUACUCCAAAGCUCACAGAGAGGGCACAAUUUUCUGAGAAACAGAUUCCUUGUAGACCUUCUACUGCUGCAAAUUGUAAUAUUUCUGAAGACGGGGGAUGGAGGUCAAAAUCUAGAAAGCAUGCUGAGACAUUUGAGAAAGAACUGGUAAUGACUUCAGAUCAAGCGUCGAUGAAAAAUAUGUUAUUACCCAAAGGAUAUGCAUAUGUCCCUGCGGAUUGCAUCCCAAAUGAAAAGCAGAUCAACCAGGAUGCUUGUUCUGGUGAACCCCCAGAAGGAGAUGGGUAG